UUUUUUGAGCAGUGUAAUUUUGCAUAAUUGUUCCUUUUAAAACAGCUAGUGAAACCGGUAUUUUUGAGUGUCGUGUUUAGAUGUUCACGUUUUAUGUUAAUUUUUUUUUAUUAAAGGAGAUAAACAAGACUCGCUUGUGUCUUGCUUGUGAUAGAAACUACUGCAGUGACUGACAGGAAAAUAAAAACCAAAGAGAUAAAGUACAAAUACAGGCAAUUCUUGGUCAUAUUUAGAGUGUGGCUUGCCUUACAAAGAGCAAGAAAACAAAGUUGAUGUUUUAUUCUGUGGUCUGAGGUACAUCUACCCAGAUUGAUAGCAGUCAUGUGAAUCUCAUUUAAAUUUAAUUAGUAUGUCUGCACAGAAAAUAAGGAAGGAAUGUUUAUAGUUUGCACACAUUUUUCUAAAAACCCCAGUCAUUGGCCUGUUUAAAUAUACAAUGAAAUUAGAAACAGUAUGCUGAAGUGAUUAUCAGUCGAUUUGAAAAGCAGUAAGAUAAGUAAAAUAAGUCUUACAUGCAGACCUGAUCAGUGUACAGUACAACUAAUAUUUGAUCCUGUCCACACUGACCCAUGUUUUAUGGAGACUCAGAUUGAGGUGAAAAAAAACAACAAAGAUUUUUUUUUUUUUUUAAAGAUCUUACUGCUACUUUUAGCUUUCUGUGCUAAAUGUAGCGCAUAAACAGUUUUGGAAGUUGUUGUUUUUUACACUUAUUUUUCAUCACCUUUUCCUUUAAAAAUCAAAAAUAAGAGCAAGAAGUUAAUUACCCAGCAGAACAAGUAAACAAUCACAAAGAAAUGAUUGUUUUAAGGAAUAUUUCAAAUCUUUAGCCUAGCACUUCUUUAGCCAUGUGCAUGAUAUUUCUAUUUUUAACUUUGAUUAUUUUCAAUGUUGUCAACACGUAUUUAAACCCAAUGACUCGGGUAUUUUCUAUUUUUUUUUAAAAGAAGUGACAUUAAAGUGACAAACUUGGACUGAAUGCUGUGAUGAAGCUGCUUGGCUCAGUGAGAAAUAAAAAAUAAAACCAUGCUGCUGUUUUUGUCAAUACAGAUGCUUAUCAUUGGUGUUUCACCUUCCGUUUUGGCUUGAAAAUGACGAAUGACGCUUUACACCUCGUUUUAAAACAAACAGGCUUCACUACUGAGCAGCACACACUCUGUAACCAUGGACCCUCAUUCUGGAGCCCAUCAAUGCCCCCUACAGAGUCUUAUCUGUGGCUCAACACGCAACACGCCCCACCACGUGCACACAGAUAAUUCCAGUAUUUAUUUUUGUGCCAGCCUUGCUCUCGCAAUUAAAGAGUCCGGCUGGACUUUUGAUCAGAAAUGAAACCCACGCAGGAAGGAAGGAAGUCCAAAAGUUGCAUCCCAAAGACAUCGUGUCCACCUCUAAAGGACGGCUCUACCACAACACUCGUGAGUCCUGCAGAAUGAGCCUAGAACGUUACACUUGGUCAGAUUAAAACUAUACACGUUCGUUGCCCAAAGAAUUGAGAGAAAAUCCCUGAUGUCAACAUUCUGCUGGAAGAUAUCGCCCGAAAGAUGAAGAGCACAAAAAGCGUAGAGCGUGCCACGGUUGGGGAAGUUGCUUGUGAUAUCUGCACUGAACCGAAGCUGAAGGCUGAGAAGUCCUGCCUUGUGUGUCUCGCCUCAUAUUGUGCACCCCACUUGGAGAAUCAUUAUUCGGCUAAAAGACUCAAGGGCCACAAGCUGGUGGAACCGGUGAAGAACUUGGACGCACGGGCCUGCCUGACUCAUGGACGCUCGCUUGAGCUGUACAGCAGAAAGCAGCAGAAAUGCAUCUGUGUUCGUUGUAUCGAAGGAGGUCAAGAGGAAGUUGUCUCGACGGAAGAGGAAUGCCAAAUGAAGAAGGCUGAACUUGAGUGGACCAAGACGACAUUACAGCAAAGAGUCGUGAUGAGAAAAACAAAGAUGGUGGAGAUCAGCGGGGCUCUGAAGAGUUGCAAGGAGCAGCUUGAGUGGUGGGACAUUGACGCAGUGUUCGCUGCUGUGAUUGCCAUUGUGGAGGCAGCCAAUACAAGAGUAGUAAAACCGCUACGAGACAGGAGGCAGGCGCUUGAAAAAGAAGCGAAAGACCUCAAAGACGAAUUGGAAGCUGAGAUCGACAGACUUGAGAUGACAAUUGCUGAACUGGACAACAUAUCUGCGCUUGAGGAUCACAUCCAUUUCCUACAGAGGUACCCGUCAAUUUCCAUCCGGGAUGAUAUGAAAAACUGGAAUGAUGUAAAACUUGACACUUCACUGGCUUUUGGUUCCGUGAGAGGAAUCACAACAACCAUGAUUAAAGAAAUUCAGCAGGAGCUGGAGAAGCUGGUCACCACUGAACUGAAGAGACUCCAAAGGUUCACAGUGGACAUAAAGCUGGACCCAGAGACUGCAAACCGACGUCUCGUACUUUCACCUGAUGGAAAGGAAGUGCAAGACGGAGGAGAAAACCAGGAAGUGGCUGAUUCACCGAAGAGGUUUGAUGUGUUUGGUAGCGUCCUGGGACUCAACAGCUUGACUCCUGGGAAGGCUUACUGGGAGGUGGAGGUCAACAACAAGAGCGGAUGGGAUCUAGGUGUAGCCAGAGGCAGCGCCAACCAUAAAGGGAAACUGACGCUGAGCCCAGAUAAUGGUUACUGGGUUCUGGUACAUUAUGAAGCGGAGAACUACGCUGCCAUGACAGCACCACCCACCCGUGUCUCCCUUGAAAGGAAACCCAGUAAGGUGGGGGUGUUUGUGGACCAGGAGGAAGGUUUGGUCUCUUUUUACGAUGUGACAGCUCAGUCCCAUAUUUACUCUUUCACUGAGUGUUCAUUCAGAGAUGGGAUCUACCCGUAUUUCAGCCCACACUAUAAACAGGGUGAGAUGAACUCUGAAGCUUUGGUUAUUUCUUCUGGUCACCAUUCAGAAACUGAUUAAUGGACUCAAUUGUCAGGUCAGCUAACUUGCUUUCACAUCAUGUUCACCUCACCAACUCAGGUCAAUUCUCCAUUAUCAAUAUGGACAUUUUCCACUAAGGUAACUCCUUAAUACAACAAUGUAUUACCUUUCACAGACUACUUCAACACAAGUACUUUCCCCUCAUUUACUGGUGAAAAUGCAAAAUUGAAGUAAAGAAUAAAAAUUACAUUUAUGACGCAUUAUUCCAAAUGUUCCCCCCUCAUUUUCAUUCAUGACUAUUUGCAGUGUAUUCACAUAACAAUGGAUGGACGUAAUGUUGCAGAAAAAAAUGCUGAAAUUUUAAAAUAGUUUUAAAAAAAUAAAAACAUAUAUAUGUAUGUAUGUAUAGCUUUGUAUCCUUACAUAUUGUCAUCUUCCUAAGAUAAUCCCUACUAAUUUUUUUUUUUUGCCAAAGGUGAUUCUGACCAUAGAAAAAAAAAGUUUUGUUUUAGGAAAGUGAAGAUAAUGUACAUUAAUGUUUGAUGGGGGUAAAAAGAAUAUUCAGUUUUUGUUUGAGCACUUUUGCUACAACAUAUUAGCAUCAUCUUGGUUGUUAACAAAAAAGAUUAAAAAAAAUAUCCACCUCUUCUGCAAUAAACAUAACCUGAUUAUUUUUUGUAAAAUCGCCUAUCCCCCCAAAUAAAGUUUGC